UCAGCAGCAGCAGCAGCAGCAGCAGCACUAGACGCUCAGACUAAACAAUCAGAAUGCCAGGAAAGAAAGUGUGUAUCGUCGGCUCGGGAAACUGGGGCUCGGCAAUCGCCCGCAUCAUUGGUUCGAACGUCAAGGCGUCCAAUCGCUUUGAUCCGAUGGUGAACAUGUGGGUGUACGAGGAGUUUAUCAACGACAGGAAGCUCACUGAGAUCAUCAACACUGAACACGAGAACGUUAAAUACCUACCAGGACACAAACUGCCCAAGAACGUGAUCGCUGUUCCGGAUAUAACGGAGGCGGCGGCCGGAGCCGACCUGCUCAUUUUCGUCGUCCCUCAUCAGUUCAUUAGGAAACUCUGUGACCAGAUAAAGCCACACAUCAAACCAGGAGCCAUCGGGAUCUCCCUCAUCAAGGGCAUCGAUGAAGGUCCUGCAGGUUUGACUCUGAUCUCUGACAUCAUCCGAGAGAGGCUGGAGAUCGACAUUAGCGUGCUAAUGGGAGCCAACAUCGCCAGCGAGGUGGCCGACGAGAAGUUCUGUGAGACUACCAUUGGAGCCACCAAUGCUAAGAAUGGUCAGGUGUUUAAGGAGCUGAUGCAGACCCCGAACUUUCGUAUCACUGUGGUUCCUGAGAGCAACACCGUGGAGCUGUGUGGAGCUCUGAAGAACAUCGUGGCGGUAGGUGCUGGAUUCUGUGACGGUCUGGGCUUCGGUGAUAACACCAAAGCCGCCGUGAUCCGUCUGGGUCUGAUGGAGAUGGUGUCCUUCGCUAAGAUUUUCUGCACCACCACCGUCACCUCUGCAACCUUUCUGGAGAGCUGCGGUGUCGCCGACCUCAUCACUACCUGCUACGGAGGGCGUAACCGCCGCGUCGCCGAGGCCUUCGUGACUUCCGGCAAGACGAUCGCAGAGCUGGAAGCUGAGAUGCUGAACGGCCAGAAGCUUCAGGGACCUCAAACCUCAGCUGAGGUUUAUAAGAUCCUGAAGAAGAAGAACAUGGCAGAGAAGUUCCCCCUGUUCGUCUCCGUCUAUCAGAUCUGCUUCGAGGGGAAAGACGUUAAGGAGUUCAUCACCUGUCUCCAGAAACAUCCGGAACACAUGUAGGUAGGCAUGACGUAUAAAGCACAACCAGGAACCAUCAGGAUGUGGAGUGAAGAUGGGACCAAUCAGAACCAUGAACACCAGCAACGCUCAAGCAAUAAAGCCAUCAUGACCCAUGCAGGGUCCAAAAUGAUCAGUCCACCAAAAACCAUCAGAAAUCUCAUGCCAACUAUCCAGAGUCUGGAUCAUCUGAACCCACCCCAAAACAUCUAAACUCCUUCUCAACACACAUCCAUCUAGAACAUUUCAGAACAUAUAUGACUGAAACCACCAAGAUCAUGUGACCCACCACUAAAUUCGGUUCUCCAGUUUUCUACCUUUCGCAUCGAUGUACCCUUUAGUUCCAUACACGACCUUUAUAUGACCUUAUAUGCAGAACCAUACACCGAUCAGGCAUAACAUUAAAACCACCUCCUUGUUUCUACACUCACUGUCCAUUUUGUAGUUCUACAAUUACUGACUGUAGUCCAUCUGUUUCUCUACAUACUUCUGUUCUUCAAUGGUCAGGACCCCCACAGGACCACCUCAGAGCAGGUAUUAUUUAGGCGGUGGAUCAUUCUCAGCACUGCAGUGACACUGACAUGGUGCUGGUGUUUUUAUUUAAUUACAUUUUUUUAGUUUUAAUUUAAUUUAAUUGCACUUUUUAUAUUUUAAUUUAUUUUUGUUUUAUUUUAUUUUUGUUUAUUUUUGUUUUAAUUCAAUUUAAUUAAAUUUUUUUAUUUCAGUUUAUUUUUAAUUUAAUUAAAUUAAAUUAAAAUCUUAUUUUAUUUGUUUUUAUUUAAUUUAAUUACAUUUAUUUUAAUUUAGUUUUCAUUUAAUUUAACUUUAUUUAGUUUAAUUUAAUGUCCUGACCAUUGAAGAACAGGGUAAAAGCAGACUAAAAAAGUAUGUAGAGAAACAGACGGACUACAGUCAGUAAUUGUAGAACUACAAAGUGCUUCAAUAUGGUAAGUGGAGCUGAUAAAAUAAACACUGAAUCUGCUGCUGAGCUGCACGACGCACAACGUUACGUAUUCAGUAGGGGUUGGGUUCUACUAAAGCACUACGAACCCUCACGAUCAGCAUGAUAGCUUUACUUACUGCUUCAUACCAUUGUUGUAAAGUUUACGUCUCAUCUUUCCUUUGUGCACUUGUCAGCGGCCCCUAGUGGUCAAAAAAUACCCUCAAUCAAGACUUGUGAUUCUACUUUAUUAGAACUACAUAAAAUAAUACAGGUUUUUAAUAACGCACAAUUUUUUUAACCUUUAUAAUCAAGAGUGAACGAUUAUCUUUAAUAAAAGCAAAUAAUAGA